UUUGUCAGUAAAAAGAAAAGCUGAAAUCCGCUACUCGCCGAUCCACGAUUUACCUGCUUCUAUUAUCAAUUAUUCACGGUCUGGAGGCGAUCCGGACCUACAGAGCUAUCAUGUCCGCACUCAGGUAACCUUCCCCCAGGCUGCUGCUGCUGUCGCCUCCUCCUCCGGAUGAAGGAUGGAGAGGCCGAGCAGGCUGCUGCUGUUGUCCGAACUUCGCGUCAGAAACACGGCUUACGAAGUGAGCCUGAGCCGGUCCUUGCUCACCUGGAAAAAACAGGCUUCUAGUCCUGUCUAUCAUCCGUUUAAACCAAGUCUGUGUCGCAGCGUAGCGGUGUCUGAAAUCGUCUCGGUUCGUGAGGAAGAGGAGAACAGCAGCAAAGACAAUGGCAGCUGGAGGAAGAUCAGAGAGAGACAGGAGAGGGAUUGCAGGCAGGCCUUCACUGUCUCGUAUGUGGAGCGAGGGCGCAAUCACCGCUGGCGGUGUGCAGAGGUCACUUUUGUCUGUCCCGACGCAGUUCUGUGUCAGCGCUGGGUCCUCAGCAUCAGGGAGCAGCUGGCUGCCCUCAGCUGCAGACCCAAACAGCUGCUCGUCUACAUUAACCCUUAUGGAGGGAAGAAACAGGGAAAACGCAUUUAUGAACAGAAGGUGGCGCCACUGUUUGCUCAGGCUGGGAUCUCAACACAAGUCAUUGUGACGGAGUAUGCCAACCAUGCAAGGGAUCAUCUGAGGACUGACGCAGAACUAAAGCAGUUUGAUGGCGUGGUGUGUGUGGGCGGAGACGGCAUGUUCAGUGAGAUCAUCCAUGGUUUGAUCUGGAGGACACAGGUUGACAGUGGAGUGAACCCCAACAGCCCAGAGGAGGCGCUGCAGCCCUGUUCUCUGCGCAUAGGCAUCAUACCUGCAGGAUCCACAGACUGUAUCUGUUUUGCCACAGUGGGUACCAACGACCCCGUGACUUCUGCACUUCACAUCAUUGUGGGGGACUCGCAGCCGAUGGACGUGUGCUCUGUUCACCAUAACGACAUGUUCCUUAGAUACUCCGUCUCUUUGCUCGGUUACGGUUUCUUUGGCGACGUGUUGAGUGACAGCGAGAGAAAGAGGUGGAUGGGACCGACCCGAUAUGACUUCUCAGGUCUGAAGAUGUUUCUCACUCAUCACUGUUAUGAAGGAACUGUGUCCUAUCUACCAGCCAAAGACAUCAUGGGAACUCCGCGGGACAAAGUCAGGUGUCGUUCUGGCUGUGUGAUCUGUGAACACAAUGGACAGGUUUUUACACAGAAAGGUGAAAAGUACAAGCUGGAUGAGUCCUUUGACACUGAAGGUGACGAUGAGUGGCGCUUGGUAAGGGGUAAGUUUUUGGCCAUAAACGCGGCGAGUAUGAGCUGUGCUUGUCCCCGCACGCCCAAAGGCCUGUCUCCGGCCGCUCACCUGGCCGAUGGCACCACAGACCUCAUCCUGGUCCGGAAGUGCUCCCGCUUUGACUUCCUCCGUCACCUCAUUCGUCACACCAGCAAAGACGACCAGUUUGACCUGGCGUUUGUGGAGGUUCAUCGCGUCAGUCGUUUCCGCUUCAUGCCCCGUCAGUGUCAGAGCGACUCAGACCUGAACCUCCAGGAGUUCCACAAGAGGCAGAUUUUUGGGCCUCUGUGCAGGGACCACCCGGCAUGUGGCUGCAGCCCACACUACAGCAGCUGGAACUGUGACGGAGAGGUGCUCAACCACACUGCCAUAGAUGUUCGGGUGCACUGCCAGUUGAUCAAGCUCUUCGCUCGUGGGAUAGAAGAGAUGACCGUUUUUGAAGAAGUUACCAACCCCUGUGCAAUUUGAGACCCCCACAGCCACCCACUGUACGCAUUUCUUGUUUCCUGUUAUGUCCGGCUCAAAGUUAUGACAUCACUGCCGUCACUCGAGUCACCUCUAGCCUCAGCAUAUUAAAAAAAGCCUCAGCAUAUUAUAUUUUCAUAGCAAAUUUGGUCAAAUGGAAAAUGAGGAAAUCCAAACCAGCUUUAAAUGGGUAAAUAAAUGGAUAAUAUGCCAGGUUUAGUUUUUUUUUUAAUGAUUAAACAUGAAAUUUGGUAUUUGAGUAAUCCAUACAUUUCAUUGGUUUAAACAUUUCUUAACAUUUGUCAGCAUUAAAUAAGUGCAGUAGCUUGAGUUCUAACAAUUGUAUACCUCGAUUUCUUUAUUUUUGUGUUUUAACUGCUUAUAGUAUUAAAAAUUAAGACUUAUUCCUUUUAACUUAGAUUUUGUUACAUAUAGAUUAACUCUAUUUGCACUUUUUGUCAUUGAGAUCUGCUAUGUACUUGUCAUUUAUUGCUUCUGUGGUUUGAUUUCCAUUAUCACCAUGUUCAUUUUUGUGCUGGUCGCCUUUCCUAGAUCUGCUAAUUAUCCAUGCUUGAGACUGGCGCAAUAUUCAAGUCCACAAUAACCCACAACACUAACCAAUGCAGAAUAACCAGCUCUUUAAGGGAUCUGUUCAUGUUAUUAUUUUUGUACUAUUUUUAUUGUAGAAUCGGUUUUCUAGUCUUUUGUCAAAUUAUAUUACUUUAAGCUUUAAUAGUAUUUUUUACAGGCAGGCAUUUUAGGGGGGAAAGUUGACAUUUUUUGGCAGUCAGGCUGGUUCAGUUCUUCCAUGAUUUCUGCUCUUUAUGCAAAACACAGCAAAAGUUUAAAAGUAGCCUUUAAUGAACAGAAACUUCCACUAACCUAAACCAAACCAGAACAGAUAUUUUAUCCAUUGUCAAAUUAACAGUCAUACUACCUUCAAAAUACCUGGGUGAUACUCAAAUCUAUCUAAAUUUCUCUGUGAAGUUUUAAUGUACACAAUAAUUUCAAGUUGAAGUAUUUAUCUUAUCCUGAAAAAAUGCAUUGCAAAUAAUGAAUUUUAAAAUGUAUUACCUUGUUAGUUAGUGGAAGUUUAAUUGAUAAUCAUUUUAGAAGGAUGCUGUUUUACUGAGUCUAUGACCUGCUGUUAGCCAUUAGCCGCUAACACCUUUCUGUAGCAGCUUUAAGGCUCCAUCAUUUGCUUCCUCUCUGCUUAUGUUAGAGCUGGCCUCUCAUUUACGUAGAGGGAGAACUGGUAGCUAUUUUGCAAGCGGUGCUCCAUUUAAACGGCCAUUUCUCAAAACCAAUGAAUUUUCAACUGAAUAUUACCAAAUAGCCUACAAUGUUGUUAUGUAGCUGCAUGUCUUUCUAUUGGAGCUGUUGAUUUACUGUGUGACAUUAUUAUCCAGCAACUUGUAGUAGACAAUGAAAGACAGUACUGUGCAAAUAAAGCAAGUUAUUGUUUCAAUGAGUAGAAAAGGGGCAAAUGCAGAGAUGCAGGCUAAUAUUACAAGGUAGAUCCAUGUAGCACAGACAUCUGCUAAGGCGUUGGUCCUAUAUUGCAGUGAUAGCCUAAUUGCACCUGAAAGCUGUUUAUUUCAGAAUGGAUCUGUGACGUUUAAACUCCACAAAUUGUGUGAAAGAAAAUCACUCAUCUAGAAAGCACCAUAGUCUGAAUAAAAUGUAGGAAAAACAUGGCAUGCAUCAUAACUCUUCUCUCUGUUAACUGCAUUUGUCUCACUAAAAUAUUUGCACAGUAUUGUUAAUUUCCAUAAACAUUCUGAUGCUGUACAAUCGGUUUGAAAAGUUUUGCAUCUACUUGCUGUAAAAAAAAAAAAAAAAACAUAACCAAACCUGCAAAAGUAUAUAUUUUUGAACCAGAAGAAUUACAUUUUAUUGUAUUGUACAAUAUUGUGUUGAUAAUUGUACAUCUAAGGUGGUAUAGAGCCAAGAUCAGUGAAGGAGUUGAAAGAUUUGCUCUGGUCAAGUUUUGAACAGCAACUGGCUAUUGUCAGUACAUUGUGAUAAAUGUGAGCAUUCCUUAUUUUGUGUUUCAAAAUGUAGACUGUAGAAAUAGUGGACCAUAUUUGAAAAAGAUAUAUAUUUAAUAUGUAAAAUGUUAAUGUAUUUUGUUCCAUAAACAUGUAUACUUUCAGUUUUGUGAAAUUUUAGGUUUUAAGUUUUGGCCCUCUUUUGAAUUUAUUUAUUAAUUUUUUUUUGUGUUAUUCCAGAUGCCAGGAGUACUACAAAACUGUUCUACAUAUAUAAACUUUGUUUCACAUUUACAAUAAGAAAAUAGAAUAAUUGGUAGAUAGAUGGUCCACUGUUUUUACUGAACAACCAAAUCCAAUUCUUGACUGACAUGAAAAUUGCCAAGUAAAAUGUUUGCUGGAAAAGGAGACUGAUCCUCUUGCUGAAGUUUUGCUGUUACGUAACGAUAUUGAUAAAACAUGAAUAUAUUGUUAUGAUAUAGAAAAUGUAGAAUAAAUGAUUGUACAUGUAUCUUUUUUAGUGCUGCGUGCAGCUAUUUUCUUUCUAAUUGUUUAGCAAUGGUCAUGAAUUUAACCAAAUGAUAUCUUUCAAUCCAAAAUAGUUGUAAUCUUCUGGCUGUAGCAGACUGAGCACUCGUCUAACUGAUGCAGUCUACCUGAUGAUAAUCUCCUGCUGUAGCUCUUCAUGUGAAAAUAAAAAUAUGUUUAAGUUGA